CUCUCACCUGAGUUCACCUACAGGCCGUCGCGUCAUAAACGUUUGGAGAAAUACUACAGUUUACUGUUCAAAUUAAAACUCACGCAAUGAGUAAAGGAGGCAAAAGAUACUUUAAUAAGAACAAGAGUGUAAACUGGUUUGUCCACACUGGUUUUUCACAAACCGAACAGACACAUCAUCUUUGCACCAGCACAGGUUCAGCACUGGCACAUGCUGUUUCUCAACCACUGACACCAUCAGAGCAGCGAUAUCCCAAAGUAUUUAUCAAUCCUGAGAAGAAAACAAUGGGCAGAGAAUAUCCAUUAUCCAUGCAUGAUAACCGCACAGCACUGCAGCAAUGUAUUGAUGUAUAUGACCAGGGUUCAGGCCGUAAGAAAUGUCUGGAUGAGCGUCGCCAGCAUAACUCUCAUUACAGCCUGCGCCAUCAUCAUCAUGGCACCCCGAGUCUGGUUACUGCAGUAAAGUGGGAAGACUCAGUUUAUCAGAAGGACUUCCUGCCCAGACAGCAAAUAGAGAGCAGAGAGGACAAAAUCAGAAGGCGUUUCCCUAGAGAUCACUCGGCGAGGUCUCAGGUGAACGCUGCGGCUCAGGCUGAUCAGUGUUUUAUGUGGUUUGGGAGGGAUGACGCUAAACAGUUCACUCCUUUAAGUGUACUAGCAGACGCUAACCACUCAUUAACUACCUGAAUCAGAGACGGUCCGAACACAGUUAAUGAUUAUGACACUGCAAAGGAAUCUCUUAAUAAGUGUGCUAUUUGACCAGCAGAGGUCAGUGUGCUCAUUGUUAAUAUUGUGCUUGCACCGUCAUAAAAUCUGAAGGGUUUCAUUCUGUAAAGUGUUAAAUGACAUAUACAGUGUAUUAUGACAACAGAAACUUAGUCAGAAUUUGUUAUUUUUGUUAGUUUCAGGGUGAUUAUAAUGAAAUAAAUAAAAACGUU